UCUAGCCAGUUGGACUCAAAUUUCUUGAGAGGUUUCAAGCGAUACCAAAGUACGAGCCUUAUCUGCAGCUUUGCUAAACUACAAAAAGCCAAAUUUUUUACAACCUAGUUACCAUAGACUCAAAAAAUGCUGAAGUACGUUGUUCUGUGUGCACUCUUGGUAGCCGGAGCCCGCGCCUCUCCUACAGGUGCCCCGGCCAUUGCCUGUGAUGCCAUGACACCUUCCCAUAAUGGAACAGCUCCGCAGACUGGCCCGGCACCCUAUACUUUGACUGCCACAGCUAUUGAUGCCCAAACUGUUCAAGUAUCCAUCGAAGCAGACGCUGGUGUCACUUUCAGAGGAUUUUUCAUUCAGGGCCGUUCUGUCGAUACUGACACCGCCGUUGGCACAUUUGCUCCUUCUGCAGAUGCACAAAGCAUUGACUGCUUCUCUAACCCAGCGUCCGCCUCAACUCACUUGGAUAGAACUGACAAGACGUCGGUGUCUGUUCUCUGGACAGCUCCUGCUUCUGGCGAAGCCGUGAACGUUGUUGUAAGCAUUGUGCAAACUUUCAACGUCUUCUGGGUGAAGAUUCCGGUCACAAUCCUUUAUUAAGCUUUUUGUGCACAGGUUGUUAAGCCAAUAAAAACUAAAGUAAAUAAACCUUCUUCAUAUUUA